AUGCCUUUCGUUAACAUUAAGAAGCAAUACUUUAUUAUUGGAAUGUUAUUUUUCGUCGUACUAUUUUUGUUCAACAGCCGACCUGCAUUUCAAUGCCAAUUUACGCCUGAGGUCAUACCUUACAUCCCCACGAUCUAUGGUAUCACUCCAACGUACGCAAGACUCGCUCAAAAGGCAGAUCUUACAAGACUAUCACAAACUCUGAUGUUGGUGAAGAACUUUCAUUGGAUUAUCAUAGAGGACUCGGAGACGAAAACGAAAUUAGUUGAAAACCUUCUCAAAGAAUCUAUGCUCAAAUAUACACAUCUUAAUGUUAAAACACAUAAGUCAAAACAUUCAACGGCAAGUGGAGUUGAACAAAGAAAUGUUGCUUUGAACUGGCUCCGUGAGCAUCUUAUGAAGAUUCAAGAUAAGAGAGGUAUUGUGUAUUUUAUGGAUGACGACAAUACAUAUUCCCUAAAAGUUUUUGAUGAGAUGCGAAAAAUUAAUAAAGUAGGUGUGUGGCCGGUUGGUAUUGUGGGAGGGAUGAGAGUGGAAAUGCCUCUCGUCACGGACGGCAAGGUGUCUGGUUUCAAUGCAGUGUGGAAGCCAUACCGACCGUUCCCCAUUGAUAUGGCUGGCUUUGCUAUAAACGCUACACUGUUUAUAGAUCACCCAGAAGCCAAAUUCUCUAGAAAAGUGCAGUCCGGGUUUCAGGAAAGUGAAAUACUCAAAUAUGUCAUAACAAAAAAAGAAUUGGAGCCCCUAGCGGAGAACUGCACUAAAGUGUACGUGUGGCAUACACGCACGCAAACGCCGUCAAUACACAACCCAAAGAAGUUAAAGCAUCCUCCUAUACCCGACGGCCAUAUUGAAGUGUGA